UAUACCAGUCUUGGGCGGUUGGGCCUUCUCGGCAUCUCCGUUGGCGCCUCAUUCUCUCUUGCUUGCGAUUAGAUGAGGGUAGAUCGAAGGAGAGAUCUCAGAGAGGGGAAGAACGAAACCCUAAACCUAGGUGGGAGUGGAACAAGUGUGGAUACCGUGGCCACUGCUCGCCGGCGAGGGCUGCAUGAGUAGGCAGGAAGAAGACGAGCACGGCGGCGAUCCCAGGUUCCUCAAGUUCCCAUGGGGUUGGUUAUCCUGUCCUCCUCAUGCUCUACUUCUGCUCUGCCGCCGCGUUCGCCGCGCCCCUCCUUCCUCUCUUCUGGAGCUCAGCCUCGCCGCCGGCUUAUGUCCCUCCGACGGCUGAGGCCGAGGCCCCCCGGGUGCUCGAUUUGCAGGUUGGGCAACUUCAUUUCAAAGUGCUCUAUCACGAAUGUUGACAUCGAUUUUGAAAAUGCGGCAACUGAGGAUGAGGUCUCAGAAGACCUUCGAUGCCUUCCAUCCCUUCCAUCAGGUUGCACCAUUCCAUAUAUACAUGUCGCACCAGAUAUUCUUGAUUCCAAGCCCUUAUUAGCAACGGAAGAGACCCAUGUAAAAUCCCAUUUUAAAACAUUGCCGGUUUUGUCUGAAAGGGAACAGGAAACACUAGCAGCCACUCCAGCUCACCCUGCAGCUUUAUAUGCUUUGUAUGCUAGCUGCUUGGUUGGAAAUUUGGUGGAACAACUGUGGAACUUUGCUUGGCCUGCUUCUGUUGCAAUUCUUCAUCCAAGUUUGUUGCCUGUGGCUGUUGUGGGUUUCUUCACAAAGCUUUCAAUCUUCAUCGGGGCUCCAAUGGUUGGCAAACUUAUGGAUCAUUUUCCUAGAGUUCCAGCAUAUCUCAGUUUAAAUUUUUUCCAGACAGCUGCUCAGUUAUUGUCAGCUGCAAUGAUCAUAUAUGCUCUCACCACCACACGCCGCAUUACUACGUCUGCUGUGCUUCUCCAACCUUGGUUUAUUGUACUGGUAGUAGCUGGGGCAGUAGAAAGGCUUGCAGGAUUGGCAUUAGGGGUUUCCAUGGAGCGUGAUUGGGUUGUGCUGUUAGCAGGCACAAACAGGCCAGUUGCGCUAGCCCAAGCAAAUGCCAUGCUUUGUCGGAUCGAUCUUCUUUCUGAGAUAGCUGGUGCUUCGCUUUUUGGCAUUUUAUUGUCCAAGCACAAUCCUGUGAGCUGCUUAAAGAUUGCUUGUUGUUUAAUGAUAUGCUCGCUGCCUGUUCUGGUUAUACUGGGGCAAUUAGUCAAUAGGUUUUCUGGUGAUGUUCUUAAUUGCUCUAGAUAUCCUAGUGAUAAGUCUGACAGAGCUAGACCUCCGCCUGAUGCUGGGAAGAUAGUGAAAAAUGGAAUGGAUGCCAUCAGACAAGGCUGGAAGGAAUAUAAGCAUCAGCCUGUUCUUCCCGCAAGUAUUGCAUAUGUGCUUCUUUAUUUCAAUAUAGCUCUUGCACCGGGUGCUAUUAUGACAGCACUCCUAACGCAUCAUGGGAUAAACCCAUCUAUUAUUGGUGGAUUUAGUGGAUUAUGUUCCAUCAUGGGCUUUGCCGCAACAUGCAUAUCUGCUACUCUAGUGAAAAAGCUUGGCAUUUUGAAGGCUGGAGCAGCUGGAUUAAUUUUUCAAGCCUUACUUCUAACAGCAGCUGUUGUUAUGUAUUGGACUGGUUCUAUCUCCCAGCAAACUCCACUAUUUAUCUUCCUCUCUCUAAUUGUAUUAUCAAGGCUGGGACAUAUGUCAUAUGAUGUUGUAGGGACACAAAUUCUUCAAACUGGGAUUCCUGCUGCCAAAGCAAAUUUGAUAGGGACUACGGAAGUUUCAAUUGCAAGCCUAGCCGAGUUUGUAAUGUUAGGUGUUGCUAUAAUCGCAAAUGAUGUUUCCCAUUUUGGUUUUCUGGCCAUGCUUUCUGUUUCCUCGGUAGCUGGGGCUGCAUGGAUGUUCUGUCAAUGGGUAGCUAAUCCAACAGACGAGCAUAGGAAACUCUUCACCUUUGAUCCUCAGACAUAAUGCACAGUAGACCAAUCAUUGAUCCACAUGCGAUCCCUUUCGAGCCAACCUAUCCUUGACGAUUACAGAGAGCCAAUCACAUGAAAAUUUUUGUUCUCUCCAGAGCACCUGACUUCCAUAAUGCUUUCAUACUAAUCACAAUGCAGGAGUUGUAACAUAACAGAAAGAGAAUUUGUAUUUUGCUGCUUUUUUUUUUCUUUUUUUUUUUUUUUAUCGUGAAGCUUUGAGGGAUAAGUAACCAUGAAGUCAGCCUCUACCUUCUAUACCUGCACUACAAGAAAUUGUGAAAAAUCCAGAACUGAAUUUGUAGCAUGAGAACUAUACAUCAGCAUUAUGCAAAAGCAUAAAGCUGUGACAUAUAUGCAGCUAUGUUUCUUCCA